AUGUUUCGUCACCUGAAGCCAUCUUUGUUUCUACGAAGGGUAGUAACUGGCGCCACGGCAAUAGCUGCUACCACGAGCACCGGCCGAGCUACACUUUGUGCCGAUGGCGUGACGUCUUCCCAGGGUAUCUCUAGACCGUUUACUCAGAGGCGUGUCUAUGCCACUAAGAGCAAAGACUACUAUAAGACACUUGGUGUAGAUCGUAAUGCCGAUUUACAAACUAUUAAAAAAGCUUAUCGAAAACGAGCCCUGGAAACCCAUCCUGAUCAAGGCGGUAAUAAAGAAGAAUUUGCCGAGGUUGCUGAAGCUUACGAGGUCUUGAGCAACACCGAGAAGAAAAAUCUUUAUGAUCAGUACGGAUCCGAAGCAGCUAACAAUCCUAAUAUGGCUAGUGGCUUUGCUGGUGGCCGAUCAGCAGAAGAUAUAUUUGCCGAAUUCUUCAGAGGAAGUAUGGGUAUGGGUGGGUUCGGUGACAUGUUCAGGGGUAACGCCGGCGCGAACCGAGGGCCACCCACCGUAGAACCUAUAGAGGUGCGAUUACGCCUCACUCUUGAAGAGGUUUACACCGGUGUGACCAAAACUAUUCGAGUGACGCGGCCUCAGAUAUGUUCGGAAUGCAACGGAUUUGGGACGAAAAGCAAGACGGAAAAGCCGAAAUGUUCGCACUGUAACGGCCAGGGCCACGUUGUUCAGCAGCACCGCAUGGGGCCUGGUAUGAUUCAACAGUCCAUCUCGGAGUGUCCGAAUUGUCACGGCACUGGAACUCUUGCGAAGCCUGAUGAUCAAUGCCACAAGUGCCGUGGGAAGGGUUACCGGAAUGUUGCCCAGGAUGUUGCCGUUAACGUUCCUGCAGGGAUUCCAUCCAACGUUACCAUGAUCGUUCGCGGCGAGGGCGGCUCCAUCCCGGGUGCCCAAGACGGCGAUCUGCACAUCCACGUGGAAGUGAGCCCGCACCGACUUUUCCAGCGUCGCGGUGACGACUUAAUUGUCCGAAAAGAAGUCUCACUCGCAGAGGCGUUACUGGGGGUGAGCAUACCUCUGAAACUUUUGGAUGGUCGCGUGGUCAAUGUUGAGACUCCUGCCGAAAGCGUGCUCAAACACAACGGGGUAAUCAAACUCACAGGGGAGGGGUUGUCAAGUAAUACUAGCGGUCGCGGUGAUAUUUAUGUCUUUAUUCAACUCAAGAUGCCUGAUAAGCUGUCUUCUGAACAAAAAGAUUAUAUUAAAAAGGCAUUAGGUUCGCCCAGUUUAGAUGCAAAUUCGUCCCAAGGGAACACCGUAAAGGCCCGAGUACUACGCGAAUCUCAAGAGCAGUUGGAAGAACAGAAACGCGGUGUUUGGGAGGCCCGCGAAAGUGGAAAAGGUGCUGAAAGUGAUCGGCGUCGGCGCAGCAGCGGUCAGAGGGGCGGUCAACAUGUAGAACAAUGCACAGCACAGUAA